GAAGGAGAAAUCUAAUCAGAAUGCCUCACUUUGGCUUUGCCUAUUUUGUCUACUAUAGGACCCAGAUGCUGUUUGCUUGACGAAAUAGAUACAGCAGAUCUUGCGCUCUAAUCGUGAUUUAUUUUGUCAUGAAAGAUAUAGCUUCAAAUAAGAAGCCUUUGGAUUGGAACACACGGAUGGAAAUUGCUGAAGGUGCAGCAAGAGGUCUCGAAUACUUGCAUGAAACAGCUAACCCUCCGGUGAUUUACCGUGAUUUCAAAGCAUCUAACAUACUCCCAGACAGGGAAUUCAAUACAAAGCUUUCGGAGUUUGGGCUAGCCAAGCUUGGUCCAACUGGUGAUAAGUCCCAUGUAUCUAUAAAUGUGAUGGGAACGUAUGGGUACAAGCGCGGCGUGGCUGAGUAUGCUUAUCACCAGUUGAACGUAUGGGCUAGCCAAGCACGGCUGAGUAUGCUUUGACAGAUCAGGUCACAGCAUAGUUGGAAACCUGGGCAGAUCUCUCUUGACUAAGGUUGCUUCUGUCAUU